CUCCUUAUCAGAAUUUAUUGUUUGUUUUCCUCCCUCCCCUUUCUAACCAUAAAAUGGCUGCAAAUCAGCCCAUAUCUGUUCUUACAUCAAACCGCACUCAAUUGCAUGAAGUUACUCGGCGUUCUGCCAAUUUCCAUCCAACCAUUUGGGGUGACUAUUUUCUACCUUAUUCUUCUCGACAAAAGGAAGCAAACACACAAGAACAGCAAGAACAUCGGAUACUAAAGGAAAAGGUGAAGAACAUGCUUGUAGAGGCUCCACACAUUUCUUCCCAAAAAUUGGACUUGAUUGACAAGCUCCAACGCUUAGGAGUGAGUUAUCAAUUUAAAAAGGAGAUUGAAGCAACAUUGCAACACGUAUUCGAAGCCCACCACGAAUUCACCGGGGAAAAUGAAAACGAUCUUCAUGUGGUCUCUUUGCAGUUUCGACUACUCAGACAAGAAGGGUAUCAUGUACCUAGCUAUGAAUUUGAAAGGUUCAGGGAUAAUGAUGGUAAGUUUAAGGAAUCAUUAAUCAACAAUGUACAAGCUAUGCUGAGUUUGUACGAAGCGUCGCAUCUUAGAGUGCAUGCAGAGAAGAUUUUGGACGAGGCACUAACAUUUACCACUUCUCACCUUGAAUCCAUGCUACCAAGCUUAACCAAUCCUCUAAGAUUAGAAGUCAGACAGUCACUACAACGACCUUUACACAAAAGAUUAACGAGGAUAGAAGCAAAAAGAUACAUAUCAGUUUAUGAACUUGAUAAAUCACACAAUGUUGUACUCUUGAAAUUUGCAAAGUUAGACUUCAACAUGUUGCAAAAGGAACAUCAAUGGGAGAUAGGUAGUCUCACAAGGUGGUGGAAAGGACUGGACUUCAUAAAAAAACUGUCUUUUGCUAGAGAUAGAUUGGUGGAGUGCUACUUGUGGGCAUUAGGAGUGUACUUUGAACCACAAUAUUAUCUUCCAAGAAAAUUUCUUACUCAAAUUCUUGCACUAGCUACAAUUAUUGAUGAUAUUUUUGAUGUCUAUGGAACCCCUAAGGAGCUCUUGCUUUUCAAUGAUGCAAUCCAGAGAUGGGAUGCGAGUGCUAUAAAUGAAUUACCAAAUUAUAUGGGGGUUUGUUACACUGCCCUUCUUGAUAUUUAUGCUGAAAUGGAAAAAGAGUUAGGUCCAAAAGGUCAAGCAUACCAAGUCAAGUACGCUAUAAUUGAGAUGAAAAAGUUAGUGGGAGCAUACUAUGAAGAAGCUAAGUGGUUUCAUGAUGGUCGUCCACCAAAUUUUGAGGAGUACAUGAAAAAUGCAAUUGCAUCGUCUGGUUAUAUGAUGGUGGCAACUUCUUGUUUAGUAGGUAUAUCAGAAGAUUUUGUGACUAAAGAGGCAUUUAAUUGGGUGACUAACGAGCCAUUAAUUGUUCGAGCUUCAUCAAUUAUUGCUAGAUUAAUGGAUGACAUUGCUGGACACAAGGUUGAGCAGCAAAGAGGAGAUGUAGAUUCAGCCGUUGAAUGCUACAUGAAACAAUAUGGGAAGUCGGAAGAAGAAACUGUCAAAGAGCUUCAAGAACAAAUCACCCGUGCAUGGAAAGACAUGAAUCAAGAAUGUCUCAAACCUACUAUUGUUCAAAUGCCUAUACUCAUUCGAGUUGUCAACCUCGCAAGAGUGAUAGAUUUGCUAUAUAAAGAUAGAGAUAUUUAUACACAUUCCACAACCGAGCUCAAAGCAAUCAUUACCUCUCUAUUGGUUGAUCCGAUUAUGUGAAGAAAAAAAAAAUCAACAAUCUUAAUUUAAUGUGAUUGUGUUUUUAUAUUAUGUUUUUAAAAUUCAACGAUUUACUUUGGAAUGUUUUCAUUGUUGCUUUUGGUGGCAUGGUACGGUGGGUGAAAC